CGACAAACAUGGCGAAUAAGUCGACUGUGAGAAUGUAGAAACGCAUAAAAUGUGUUUUAAUUUUUUAUAUAAUGCGUGUAUAGGAUUUCUUGCCAAUACUCCGAUAGGAAUGAAUGAUUUGACACUACAGUAAGAUCUGAAUAUAUCCACAAUAUUGUCACACAGUCCAGUCAGCGUGAUGGCAGGAGAAUCCCAGCAAGUAAGUUCCUUGCCCAUGCCACCGAAGCAAUAUGUGAGCCUGUAUGGGAGCGAAAGCAUACGCCUUGGCAGGGCUCCGCCACCACCGCCACCUAUACAGGACACGUAUUCCAUGUUCGGUGUCACAUUUCACGUCGAUGAUCUCAUUAUACGACCGCUGGAGAGCCAGGGAAUUAAAAGGCUCUACCCGCAGAACCCGCAGAACUUUGACCACAAGCGCGAGCUGAAGAAGCUCAAUCACUCGAUCCUCGUCAACUUCCUCGAGAUGCUCGACAUCCUGAUCCGCGCGCCGGCGACGGCCAAGCGCAAGGAGAAGAUCGACGACCUCAACCUGCUCUUCAUCCACAUGCACCACCUCAUCAACGAGUUCCGGCCGCACCAGGCGCGCGAGACGCUGCGCGUCAUGCUCGAGGUGCAGAAGAGGCAGCGGCUGGAGACGGCCGAGCGCUUCCAGAUGCACCUGGACAGCGUCGGCGAGAAGCUGCAGGCGUGCCUUGCGUCGCUGCCGGACGCGGGAGAGCUCGACUGCCGGCUGCUGGCGGCGGCCGCGCCGGCGGAGGACGCGGGGGCAGGGGGCGGCUGUGCGGGCGACGCGUGUGACAGCCUCGACAAGCUGAUGUGCGAUCUUGUGGAUCUCAUGCACUGAUCGCAUGUUUGGCGGUGGUGGAGUUUGGCGAUGUUCGGAAGGUUUUGGUCGUUGGAAGCGAUAGCUGCGUGCGUCUACGUAGAUUGACCGUCGUAGGCCAUGACAGCUGUGGGCAUUUAUACUGACUAACAGUUGAUGACUGUGAGGUCUGUGUGCAUCUACAUUGAUUGACUGUCGCCCCUCGUGACAUCUGUGUCAUUGACGAACUCUCGCCUACCAGGACACUGUGUGUGUCUACACUCACUAACGGUCAAUGGUAGCAAGAUCUAUGCAUGUCUACAGCGAUAAAAUGAUCCAUGGAAGCAACAGCUGUGCAUGUCCAAACUGACCAGCCAUUGCAGCUGUGGAUGUCUAUAAUUGUCACUGAAUGCCACGGCCCACAGGUGUGAGUGUCUAAGUUCUGUGUUCAGUGAAACAACAAUCAUGCUAGCCUGCAUGUGUUGACAUCUGUGACAGCUGUGUGUGUUUACAGUGUUUAGCUGUGUUGGACUAUUCUUUUACUGAUAGCCAACGAGGUAAAGCACAGACGUCCGGAUGGGUUGAUUUGUAACCUUGCCGCUAUCAUGCACUGAAUCUGUCAUGCUAGUUAUAUUGACUGCAUGGGUGUCUACAUUGUUUGACUUUCUGUGUUUGACAAUGCUUCUGGUGGUAGCCAGAAGAACGUGAGGAAAUUCAACAAGUGGAUGUGUAGCAAUAUUAAGCUGAUACACGGUUUUCGGUCAAAGAGUGAAAAGAGAUUGACCCGAACACAUUCAAGUCGCCUAAGUCAUAUGAUAAUUUCGUAAUAUCAUGCAAAAGUUACUGUUAAAGAAAAAACAAAGUGAACCAUCAAUUGAUAAUAUUUAAUAAAAUAUUCUUAUAUAGAACACUUUUCACUUAUCUGUAAUAAUUUUUCUGGAAAGUUAGCUGAUAUGGUCAUUGUUGCCAUAGAAACUGCACAUGUGAAGGUGUCAUGUUAGUCUGAGGUUCAAUUACUUGCUCAAUUUCCCAUACAACAUGCACCAUGUGGCAGUGGCUUAUAACAAAAGUGGUUGUGCAGAUUUGCUGUCUAACCCAGUUCUAAAAUAAUAAAACAGUACGCCAAUAAACACGUAAAUAAUAAAUGCUUCCAUUGUGGCUUUGGCAUUCAUA